AUGUCUCAUCAUCAAUCAAUAGAAGCUUUGGACUUAAUGUUAAAAGAUAUAAAUGAUUCUGCUCAACCAUUUGGUGGUAAAGUUGUUGUGAUUGGUGGAGAUUUCCGACAAGUAUUACCUGUUGUUCAAAAAGCCAGAAGAGAGGAAACUAUUGAUGCAACUUUAGGAACAAGGAUACAAGCUACAAUCUUCGAGGAAAAUAUACAAAAAUAUGAAAAGUUAAUCAUUAUGUUUAAGACUUACAACAUCUCAAAUGCUUUAGUCAAUUUUAUUCCACAACAACAUCGGAUAGUUGAUAAUAAGUAUCAGUGGAUCAUCAACGAGCACACUACUGUUAAGGAAGUUGGAGAUGAAGAAAUAAUAAAUACACCACAUGAACUUUAUAACUUCUCUUUUGUGCCAUUCAAUGCUUUGGAGCAAUAUAAAACUCUCACAAUGGAAGUUGAUAUUCUGGCUUUAGUCAUCGAUAUACAACCACAAAAAUAUAUCCCGACAUCAUGUGGUGUGAGUUGUGUUCGAGAAUCGACUCUACUGAAUGAAGAAAUUGGAGCAAGACCUGUUCUAGCAGCCAAAAACCUUAAAGUUGUUUCAUAUAUGAACACAUCACUCAGUACAAAACCUGCAAGUCGCCUCCUAAUUGAUCCAGAACUACCACAAGCAAUUGCACUACGUACCUGGCGUGAUGAAAAUAACAUGUACUUAGAGCACUUUGUUUCUAGAGACCUUCCAGCUUCAUCAAACUUGACUAUACCUACAAGUGAUGCACUUACACCAAUCAAUACUGUUAAAAAUCUUGUAGAACAUAAAGAGUUCAACGAACCUGUAGAGAAAGACCACUGCAACAACAAAGAUGGCAAAGCAAUACCCAGGUGUUUUGUUCUGGUUGAAUGUGAAGAUACUUCUGGAGUGUUGCCUGUAGCAAUUUUCGGAGAGAACGCAGAAAAGUUCAUUCACUGUAGUGCACUUGAAUUAAUGAAACACACCACUGAGGAAGGAAUUGAUAACUUGGAAACAAUUGCUGAUGUUUCCAGUUCUACACAAUAUACUGCCCAGAUCAAGACAUAUAAAUAUAUACAACACCAGCAAACAAAAUACAAGUACACUAUCAGACAUCUUAUGGAUAUAUCUGAGGGGAAAAAAAUAUUCUGA